UUGUUUUUGCAAAGUGUUUUCGUCAAAGUUUACUUGAUUUUUUUCCAGUUUCUUUUAAGUUCAUGAUGUAAAAAAUGAUUCUUACGUACUAUGAUAACAUGGAAAUCGAUUUUGCGGGGUUUAGUUGCAUUUUACGUGGAAAAUUGACUGGGAUUUUGCUUCCAAGUUUAUCUCAUGGCAACAGAAGUUAGCUUUGACAGAGUUUAGUUUAUAAAGAAAAAGAAUCCAGCAUUACUUGCCGAAUAACAGAAAGAUGGCUGAGUCUGCUGUCAUUAGUUCUUCAGAACAAGAAUUGGAGAAGACCGAUGAAGUCGCUAAAAUGCCUGUCAGGACACCACUGAAAAARCAUUUAUCAUCAACAUUCCGACCUAUGAUUGGUCAAUACAUGUCAGAUGACCAGCUAGCAGAUCACGUGAGUCGUCAAAUGACAUUUUUCCAYAAGAAAUAUGAGCCAGAGGAAGAACCAAUUGUAGAAGAGAAGAAAAAGUCCAAGAAAAAAGUGAAAUUCAAAAAGACUAAAAGUUCAGAUACACAUACAAUUACAAAAAGAUUGUCUCUCAGGGCGGCCCUAAGUGAAUUGAAUAUAAUUAUAUCCUUUCUUUCACAGCUACGUGAUCGUGUGUUAGAGGAUCUUGAGUUGCUAAGAGACUACUACAAGAGAAUAUACAAAAGAGCUCUCAAUGAGAAAGUAGCAAGCCAACACAAAGAAUUCAAAACUAGAGAYGCUCAGGCCAUGGCAAGAGAAAGAAGACUUAGAGAAAAAGAGGAACAAGAUAAACAUAAAGUCAUGAUCAGACUUCCUAAGUCUAAAGUGUUAAAUGAUCAGAGCUAUAAAGAAGGAAUACAGGAAACAGUCUAUCACAAGAUAAUCAAGGUUGAACACCAGCUAAGAAAGCAAGGUUAUUUGUCGAAAGUCUCUGAAAUCAAAGCCUUCUGGGAUUUUAUUCUUUCACCUGGAAAUCUUGCAAGAGUACUAGAAAAAGGRAAACUAAGUUGGGAAGAUGUCCAACAUCACGAGAAGACAUACCGCACAGCUUUAGAGUCCUCUGAAAACCAUGACAAUAAAAAAUGGACAACGAGUGAUAUUGAUAAACUGGCCGCGGCGAAUGCUCGCUCAAAACACUGGAACAGAGUGCGACACACUCGACCCAGACUCUUCACACCAAGUGGUUUGUCAGAUAUUUCGAGUAGUCAAAGUGGACGACGUCUAUCACCCAUGGCAUCAAGUAAAUCAAAACCACCUGCAAAGUCUGUACCAAAUAGUGCUAUGACAUUAGAACAAUUAUUCCCUAAGGUGGAGUUUCCAGCAUUGGCUGCAUAUACUUUAGUAUUUGGUGAACAAGAACCGGAUCCAGAAGAGAUUGAAAGAGAACUAGAACUAGAAAGAAGAGAAACAGCAAAGCGAGACACCCGAUCAAAGCUUCUGACAAUGUUUUCACACGCGUUAGCCAACAGAGCAGCGACACAACGGCUAAUGGAGAGAAAUAAAAAGUUUAGUUUCAAUCAAUUAGUUGGCUCUACACCUGUCAGCGAACUACUGUAUCACGACAUGGAACCUAAAGUAAAAGCAUURCCGCUGACAACAGCUGCACUACAGGCUCAUGAUUCUGAAGCAAAACAAGAAGAAGAUGACGACGAGGACAAAAGUUCAACAAGCAGUGGUGACUCAGCACUGCGCCCUCGAGUAACACAGGAAAAAAGCUUUAUAACACAGCAAUACGAACGGUUGCCUCCCAUAGAAGUCCCGUUGUCGCUACAAGGACUAGAGGAAACAUGCUCCAUUAAGGAAGCCAAAGGCCUUAGUACGUUAUGGGUGAACCCCUUUAGUGAACCAAAGAAGCGAAUAACAGCUGACCAAUAAUAUCGCAUGGCGUAUUGGAGGCGUGAAAYAUUCUCUAAGGAAAUGUACUUCACUCUAUCAGUGCAAAUCGAUGACAGUUGUCAAACAUGUAGUACAUGUUGACACUUAUUUAGAAUCCACAUACAAAAGAAGUCAUUUGAUGUCAAAUGAUCAAAUUAUAUUUAAGUUUGUAGCUUUGACGUCAGUGCAAUGUUUUUCCAAAUCAAAAAGUAUUUAGAGACCGAAGAACCCAUGAUACCUUGCGCUACUAGCUUGGAGGAUUCACGGGCGGCAAUUUUUCCUGAAAUACUUUAUCAAACACCAAUGUAGAUCAAACAAACGUGAUUUGACCGAAGACAGUGUUUAGUUAUGCCGUAGCUACAGCCAAUCACAAAAUACGAGUUUGCAGAAACAAAGUUUUACUCGCAGUAGAGAUAAAAAUAAAUGAAUAAUGUAAUAUAKGAAUAUAUUUUCGAAGAAUAUGUUGUAAUAAUCUAUCAGUAUUUUUAUAGCUUAAUAAAAAWUAUCAAAGG